AUGGGGAACUUACUUCUUUUCGUUAUACCUUUGGCUUUAGUCGUGGCCGUUGUUCAAAUAAUCAGAGCAGCGACCUCGACCAAAAAGUAUGGAUCAGCUCAGUUACCACCGGGCCCUCCAGGUCGUGAUCACUCAAACCUCUUGGACAAUGAUCGUUGGAACAUGUUCAAGGCUUGGAAUGAUCGAUAUGGAAAUGUAGCAACCUUUUACACUGGAAAACAGCUUAACAUCGACCCUUCUAAGCAACACAAAAUCCUUCGAAGAGUACCCGGACGAUUUCCUCUUGAGAGCUGGCCUAUCCUGUUAUGGCUCCCUUGGUUCCGUCAUGAGCCUGAGAAACACAGAGACACCAACACAAGGUUGUAUACGACAGCUAUGAACGAGGUGAAGCGGAAAAUGGAAGAUGGCACUGCUGUCCCAUGCACAUCCACUUAUGGUCUCACAAAACAGAAAGAAUUAGACAUGGAAGAUGACGUUGAAUUGGCCUAUGCUCUUUCUGCUCCAUGGGCUGCCGGAAUUGGAACGACUACUACCGCAUUUGAAAUAGCAAUUUUGGCCAUGUUACACUACCCUGAGUGCCUCCAGAAGGCAAAAGCCGAAAUCGAUGAAGUUGUCGGACAGGAUCGCAUGCCCAACUUUGAAGACCAGCAAUCUCUACCUUAUUUGGGCGCCUUUAUAAGAGAGACAUUGAGAUGGCGACUCGUAACUCCCACGGGUAUUGCACAUUCAUCAACCCAGGACUAUACAUACAAGGGCAUGUUAAUCCCAAAAGAUGCAUCUGUAUAUGCCAACGCCGCCGAGAUUAUGAAAGAUCCCGCUGUAUUCCCCGACGGUGAAAAAUUCAUACCGGAAAGAUUCUUAGAAACCAACGACUCCAGACUCCUCAACUACCGAUUCGGCUGCUUCGGUUUUGGUCGAAGAAUGUGUCCUGGUAUGCACGUCGCACUUCAAUCGUUGUACAUCGUUAUCGCUCGGCUAAUCUGGGCCUACGAUAUCCUUCCUGUCACUAUCAAUGGCAAACCUUACAUCCCAGAUGCGGACGAUUUUACCUAUGGCCUGGUCAGCUACCCCGCUAAUUUGAAAUACCAACUUGUUCCCCGCAGUGAGAACCACAAGAAUAUCAUUAUCGCCGAUGCUGAGCGUGCCAAUGCCGAUAUGGCACAUUUGGAUGGUUCGAGUGCUUCGUACGAUAUCUGA